AUGUUUUUCAACAAGGAACAAACUUUGAAAAUGAACAGUUCUUUCAAUGCAUAUCUCAUGGGCUCAGAACCGGAAGUCAGUAAUAAAAAAAAACGAAUCACAUUAAAAAAAAGUAUGAAAAUUCCAGAUGAUACAUUCGAAUAUUGGGGAUUUUUUCUACCCAAGGGAUCACAAAUGGAAUUGACAGUAUGUUCAAAAAUGGAAGGAGCAAGAAUUCUUGUUGUAAAAGGAGGUAGAAACUUAGAAACCUGCGGAUUAUUAAAUAAGUUAAAAAAUGAAAAAUUCCAUCCUCCCUUAAAUUUAGAUAAGAAUGAAGAUAAAGUGUGGGUUAUUUUUGAAACCAUAGCCGAAAAAAUACAUAAUAAUAAAAGUGAAAAUUCCAUUAAGGAUAAAAAUGAUAAUAAUAAUAAUUUAAAAUUUAGAAAUUCUAGAUCAGUAUUCCAAAGUGAAAAUGAUUUAGAUUUUAAUGAUGCGAGAGAAAUUGAAAAUACAGAUGCUAGAAAUCAUAUGUUUAAAUAUCAUGAAAGAGUAAACACAUCAGAAUUGAGAACUAUCGAAGAAAGUGUUGUGGGGCAUAAAUUAAGGCAUAGUAAGCAAAAGUCGGCUUCAGUGAAAUACAAACCGAUUAUUUUAUCGAAUAAAGUGAUUGAAGAUAGAAUCACUGCGGAAGAAGAAGAUUAUAGGAAGAAGAGAAACAUUAUAUCGAAUUCUCCAUACAAUUUAGAUAUAGCUAAGGUUGCACACGGUGGAAAUGCAUUUAAUUUUACAGAUGAGGAAUCAUCGGCUUCAAGUUUUGAAUCUAGUUUAUUUAAUUGUUUCGAGGGUAAAAUUUUAUUUAAUCACGUCGUGCCAUCAUCUGAUUUAUGCUUGGAUACUUCGCAUUUAUAUUCGAGUGGUACGAAAAUAAUGACCACGACACACAACGUUAGCGCGGAUGGCGACUACGAUGAUGCCGUCAAUUCAAUCCACGGCAUAUUUGAUAUUUACAAACCGACUUACGAAUAUUCAAAUUAUUCGAAAAAUUGUCUCAACAAAACGGAAUGUAAUUUCAACUUGAAUUUUUUUUCAAAACAAAAAAUAAUCGUCGAAGUGCCAACGAAAAACGGUAUAGAACAUAAUGACGAUGAUAUGACAAUGCUUUUGUUAAUUUGCCAUCCCAGAAUGACACUUUUAUGA